AUGCCUUCUAAUCUUGGCCCAGGUCCAACAAGUUUGGAAGAUGUUGGAUUCUUUGGUGAUGAAAGAGUUGAUGGUUUAAUCAAAAGAGUUACUGUGUUGGAGAAAGCAAAAGGUGAAAUGGAAGGAAAGUUGAAAGCUUCUGAAGCAGAUCUGAAAGAAACUAAAGAAAAUUUGAAGCAGGUUGAAGCAGAAAACGUUGUCCUCAAGAAUGAAGUGAUAGCUAUGCAAGAUCAGAUUGAAGAUGUCAAAGCUGGUAACAAUGCAUUGAAUGAAGCAAUCGAUGAGCUGCUAGUUGAGAAUUAUGACUUGAAUGAGGAAAACAUGACAAUAAGCAAUGCUAAUGAGAUCUUGCAAAAGGAGAUAGAAGAUCUCAAAGUCAAAGAUGAGAACAAGUCGAAGCAGAUAGAGAUGUUAUACGCUGUGAUAGAAGAUCGACUUGGGAUCAAUGUUCGUGCGGCUUUUGAUGAUAUAGAAAUCCGAAGAGCUGAGGCUCAGAGGAUGGAGAAAGAACAAAAAGAUGCUGAAGAAGCCGCUGCGGCCUUAAAAGAUAAAGGUAAGGGUGUCGUUGUUGAUAAUGAAGAAAUUCUCGGAUCCUCAAGUCAACAAGAGCAACAACAACCAAAUGUUGAAGUUAAUGUUGCAGAGGUGGAAGUUAAUGUAGAAAAUGCUCUAGUUCCUGCACUGCUAUUCACUCUUGUUGGUGAACCAAAGUUAGUAUACUAUAGCAGGGAAGAUAGUGCGAGAAGAAUAGAAGUUGAAAGGCGACGAUUGAAAGCUAAGGAAGCUAAGAAAGCUCAAGCUAUUGAGGUAGUUGACGAAGAGGAAGAUGAUGAGGAUGAAGAGGAUGAUGAUUUUAAAGAUAUUGAUGACUUUCAUGAAAGCGAUGAUGACAAAGGUGAUGAUGACGAUCAGGGAGGUAAUGGUGGUGCUUUGAUUGUAAGACCACCUGGUGCUGAUAACGUUGAUGAUUACUUAAACGAUGAACAUAAUGAGGAAAAAGAAGAUGCUUAG